AUGCCUAGUUUCUCGACCUUCCAAGGGCAUCUUUCAAGACCAUUCACAAUAAACACAAUGACCAACACAAUGACAGGCGAGACAGAGCCACUAUUGGGUUCGCAUGCAACCAAACCAGUCCAGCAUCCAAAGAAACUACUGGUCUCCAUCGUGUGUGCUAUAUUCUUGCUAUCGGCCGAUUUCGGAUUCUUCAUGUCCACCGCACCGCAAAUGGCUGUGUAUGAGGAUAUCAUUUGCCGAAACUACCAGGCCACUCUUCAUGGGGCGGGAAAUGGGACCCUGAGUCCGCCAGAAUCGAAUCCAUGUAAAUCAGAGGCAGUACAGGGAGAAUUAGCGCUCGUGAUUGGGUACCAAAAUACAUUUGAUGUGGUGCCUGGUCUUAUACUCUCGCUGCCAUAUGGCGUCCUCUCGGAUCGUUGGGGGCGGAAACCUCUCUUGUAUCUUAGCAUAUUGGGCAUCCUCCUCGGCGAGAUCUGGGUUAGGAUAGUUUGCCUGUGGUCCAGUGUUAUUCCCCUCCGGAUGGUCUGGAUGUCAGCUUUGUUCAAAAUCAUCGGUGGCGGCGACCAAGUCCUCACGGCUAUUGCCAUGGUCAUAGUGGCAGAUGUCUUCUCCGAAGAUGAAAGAGCAACCGCACUCUUCCGUCUACAAUCUUGCAUCCAAGUCGCAGAGAUUCUGGCCACUCCACUUAGUGCUUAUCUGAUGACCUUCGGUCCGAUGUUUCCCUUUAUCCUAUCAGUAUGCAUUAUCAUUGUGGGAAGUAUUCCAUCUUUCUUCCUGCCCGAGACUCUCAGAAAUGCAAAAGGAAAGCAAGUCAGCCGAGAAGGCCCAGAAGAGGACAGCGAAAGCGAGCAGUCCCAGCCUCCGAGGAAGCCGACGCUGUUGCAGGAGCUCACUCGACAAGUUCGCGAGUUCGCACAGUCAACACGCUUCAUUUGGGCCGAUUCUAAUAUCUGUCUAAUGGUCUUUGUCAUGUUUGUCACAGUGAUGAGUCGACAAUGCACAAACCUGCUUCUGCAAUAUGUGUCAAAGAAGUUCGACUGGAGUAUUAGUCGUGCCAGUCUCUUGAUCUCGCUGCGCGGGAUUUUUGCUCUCGUGACAUACUUGGUGAUAAUGCCAAUCUUGGCCUUUUUAGCCGCCAAACACCUGAACAUCCGUGGAAAACAUAGCGACCAUUUCCUGAGCAAAGGUAGCGGCGUGCUUUCAAUCAUUGGUUUCGCCAUUAUCUCUAUGGCACCAACACCCGCUAUAUUGAUCGGUGGUCAGGUCAUCUCGUCAAUCGGCUCAGCAUUUAUGAUUACCACACGCAGUAUGGCUACUUCACUCGUGCAAUCCGACCAUGCUGGCACCUUGUAUUCGGCAAUUGCCAUUGCACAGGGCGUAGGAACGCUCCUUUCCGGUCCAUUAUUUGCCAACCUCUUCCGGUUAGGCAUGCAUCUUGGAACUGCCUGGAUGGGACUGCCAUUCUUGCAAGCCUCUCUCUUUUUCGUUGUUGCUGUCACCGCCGUUUGGCACAUUCGACUUGGACCGUCUCCGCGAGCCAAUGAUGAGGAACAGGAGCCUUUGUUAUUGUAG